CCACUUCGUCUAAACAUCAAAGUGCACGUGUUUACAUUUGCACAGAGGGAUAUUCUUUACCUGAAUUUUCACACAAAAGUGCACAAUGGGAAGGAAGAAGCGCGCACAGAAUAAUAAUGUGAAGCGUGAGAGGUUUGCCGUGAAGGAAUUGGCGAGAUUGAAAAAGUGCCUUGGGUUGAUUGACGAGAAAGGGAAUGAGAUUUCCAAGGAAGUGAAGAAGAUUGCCACAGUGACCGAUGCAAAAGCCAUAAAACAGAAAGCUGAGGAAAGAAUGCUGGUGGAUGGAGAGGAAGCGUCGUCGUCGAAGAAGAAGCUGAAGACUGUGAAAGUAGUCAAUGAAAAGACAGAAGUUGAGCAUGUUUACAACGCCAAGACGAUGAAGGAUCAAUUCGGAAAUUAUCCUGUGUGGUACAAGCGAAGAAAUGAGAAGAGAAAGAAGAAAUUGAAGGGAAAAGACGAUGGUGGAAAGUCCAGGAAAAAUCGUCGCCGGAAUCUAUUCACAGUCACUGAUCCAUACAAGAACCUCGAGUAUGAAUAAAAGAGCAUUGAAUUACAAAGAA